AUGGUAGCCGUAAGGGAGAAACCUACGUCCGUUGAAGCCGUGGUCACCGUGGUCACCGUGGUCCACUUGUGGCUGUGUCAAGGUGGUUUCGGUGUCGCCGCUGCAGCUCCAACCACUCUGGCCACAGGCUGGAAGAUCUGGGUAGUCUGGGUAGCGAAGUUUGCAGAUCUCAGGGUUCCCUCGCAAGGCACCGGUGGCUACGCCACAAGUGGCCUAUGUUUCGGGGGCCCCUGGUACCUCACUGGGCGCCUGGCAGAGUUGCUGCGCCCGAACGCAGCGCCAGGCGUGCAAGGUGCGGUCGAAGAUACCAUCGCUAAGCCGAAGCAAGGCGACUGGUGGCACACAGAGUCGCAGCAAAAGAUCAUCUCAGCAGCACAGCAGAGGGAGCUGCUGCUGAUCCACGGUCCACCUGGAACUGGCAAGACCAGCACUGCCGCUGCCAUUGUUUCUCAGUGGAUUCAAAAAGAAGGCCGUGUCCUUUGCACUGCCGAGUCACACGUGGCAGCCCAACGCCUCAAGGAGACGCUGCAGGGACCCGUGAUGCACCUGAAAUGGACAGGUGAUACGCCCUGGUCAGAGCUUCAACGUCAACUUCAAGCUGCCCGAGUAGUUGUGGCCACAUGUACCGGUGCAGGUAAUGAUCUGUUGAACUCGGUGGAGUUCCGGUGGCUGCUGAUUGAUGAAGCGACACAAGCUACGGAGCCAGCAGCUUUGAUUCCCAUUUGCAGGAGCUCUGGUGCUCAGCAGCUAGUGCUAUUGGGAGAUCCCCACCAGCUACCGCCCACUGUGCUUUCGGCAAAGGCCGUCCAGUGGGGCCUUUCGAAGACCUUAUUCGAUCGCCUCUCUGAGAAGCAGCUGCCGAUGCUCUUGGACACACAGUUCCGGAUGCAUCCAAAGCUGUGCGCUUUUCCAGCAGCUGCCUUCUAUGGAAACCAACUGAAGACCUCCGGAGUCACAGCCGAGCUGGUUGCCCUGGAAUUUCGAGGUGUCCAUGGCCCUGAGAAGCAGAUCGGCUCAUCCUUCUGCAAUGCUUCUGAGGCAGACAUUGUCAUCAGCAUCCUCCCUGAAUUGGCGACCGAUCUUGAGUCAAUCCUAUUGGUUGCCCCAUACCGAGCACAGCGAGGACUUCUUGAAAGGCGCUUGGCAGAUUUGCCACGGGACCCGCGACUUCAGGUGUCCACCAUCGACGCCCUGCAGGGGGGCGAAUGCGAUUUUCUGAUCUUCUCUGCGACACGGAGCAACGCCACUGGGGCUGUGGGUUUCUUGAGGGACAAGCGCAGGGUAAAUGUGGUUCUAACCCGUGCUCGUCGCGGCAUCAUUGUGGUUGGAGAUCCCAGGACCUUAGCGAAUGAUGCCACCUGGGCUGCCUGGAUGGAAUUCGCGCUGUCCUUGGAGCCGCUGGAUCCAUAUACCCUGGCGGUGAGAGCUGAGGCCCACCUGUGCCUGGGAAAUCGUGACGAUGCCAUUGGCGAUUGUGAUCAGGCUCUUGAGCUCAGCCCAGGCCUGGAAUAUGCUGUAGUGACUCGUGAUCGUGCGUGUUCAAAGGAUCACCCACAGGAGUAG